CAGCGGACAAUAAGAGCGCGUCUCAGAGCCGGAGACGUGCAGGAGAGACUCAGAGAGCGUUGUCUAUCCUUCUAGUCCAGCGAAUGAGCAUCUUCCCGUAGGUCUAGAUAAGUUGUAAGCCACUGGCAGCGCGUGCACCGCUGUAGGUGGCUGCUCAACAUCUGCAUUGCCGGCGAAAUUCCUAUACCGUCGCCAACGCAGCAGCGCGGAGAGCAGCGUGGCCCUGUCAGACACCAUGAGCCAGAGAUUUACGGUGACCGCGUUCUCCAAGAGCGACGGCGAGCGCGGCGGGGCUGACAUCCAGGGAGAGGUCAACCAGCUUUUCGAGGGAGACGAGCCCACCCCGAGCUCUUCGGACAAAGGAGGCGCCUCCAACCUCAGUGAGGACGCGCUGAAAGUGGUCAGCACCACCUGCCCAGCCAAGAAAGGAGAUGGUAACCCCAAGGAGAGCAGUCCUUUCAUCAACAGCAGCGAUCCAGAAAAGAGCCAGCAAUAUGAUGGCAAAAACAUGGCCCUGUUUGAGGAGGAGAUGGACACUAGCCCAAUGGUAUCAUCUCUGCUCAGUAGCCUCGCCAACUACUCCAACCUGCCGCAGGGCAGCAAGGAACAUGAGGAGGCUGAGAACAACGAGGGCGCACGCAAGAAACCUGUGCAGGCUCCGCGGAUGGGCACGCUGAUGGGAGUGUAUCUCCCUUGUAUGCAGAACAUUCUGGGCGUGAUUCUGUUUUUGAGGAUGACCUGGAUGGUGGGCAUUGGUGGAGUCAUUGAGGCUUUCAUCAUCGUUCUCAUGUGCUGCUCCACGACAAUGUUGACUGCAAUCUCGAUGAGUGCCAUUGCCACCAACGGAGUAGUGCCAGCUGGAGGUUCCUACUACAUGAUCUCUCGCUCGCUCGGCCCCGAGUUUGGUGGUGCUGUGGGGAUUUGUUUUUACUUGGGAACCACCUACGCUGGGGCCAUGUACAUCCUGGGCUGUAUCGAAAUCUUACUGAUCUAUAUCGCGCCACAGGCAGCCAUCUUCAAGAUGGAGGGUUUAGAGGGUCCGGAAGCAGAGGCGGCCAUGCUGAAUAACAUGCGUGUGUAUGGCUCCCUGGUGUUGACCUUCAUGGCGAUAGUGGUGUUUGUGGGAGUGAAGUAUGUCAACAAGCUGGCACUGGUGUUUCUGGCCUGCGUCAUCUCUUCCAUUCUGGCCGUCUAUGCUGGUGUCAUCAAGACCGCCAUUGAGCCGCCUGUUUUCCCAGUAUGCAUGCUGGGGAACCGGACUCUGAUAUGGAAGGGCUUUGACGUGUGCGCCAAGGUGAUGGAAAGGGAGAACGCCACGGUCACCACCAAACUCUGGAGACUCUUCUGCGAUUCAGAGUUCCUCAACGCCACCUGUGAUACCUACUUCACCAAUAACAACGUGACAGAGAUACAGGGCAUCCCUGGCGUUACCAGUGGCAUUCUGAAAGAGAACCUGUUUGGGAAUUAUCUGGAGAAGGGGGUGAUCUUGCAAAAGAAUGGUCUUUCCUCCUAUGAUGAGCCAGAUGCCGUGCCCACUAACACAAACCGCUAUGUGGUGGCUGACAUCACCACCUUCUUCACACUCCUGGUUGGGAUUUAUUUCCCUUCCGUCACAGGUAUUAUGGCCGGGUCUAACCGCUCUGGUGAUCUGCGUGAUGCUCAGAAAUCAAUUCCAAUUGGCACCAUCUUGGCCAUCAGCACCACCUCCUUCAUCUACAUGUCCAGUGUGGUGCUGUUUGGUUCCUGCAUUGAGGGAUCAGUGCUGAGGGAUAAGUUUGGUGAGGCUGUACGGGGGAAUCUGGUGAUAGGCACGUUAGCGUGGCCGUCUCCAUGGGUCAUCGUCUUCGGCUCCUUCUUCUCCACCUGCGGGGCCGGACUCCAGAGCUUGACGGGUGCCCCGCGUCUUCUGCAGGCCAUAGCCAGGGACGGGAUAGUGCCGUUUCUCCGGAUUUUCGGCCAUGGCAAAGCUAAUGGGGAGCCCACCUGGGCUCUACUUCUGACGGCUUUUAUCUGCGAGAGCGGGAUCCUCAUCGCCUCUCUGGACUCGGUUGCGCCCAUCCUCUCAAUGUUCUUCUUGAUGUGCUACAUGUUUGUGAACCUGGCCUGCGCCUUACAGACUCUGCUAAGGACCCCCAACUGGAGACCCCGCUUCAAGUUCUACCACUGGGCUCUGUCUUUCCUGGGCAUGAGCCUGUGUCUCUCGCUCAUGUUCAUCUGCUCUUGGUACUAUGCCAUCGUUGCCAUGGUGAUCGCCAGCUGUAUCUACAAGUAUAUCGAGUUCCAGGGGGCCGAGAAAGAGUGGGGAGAUGGGAUACGUGGGCUAUCCUUGAGCGCGGCUCGUUACGCCCUCAUGAGGCUGGAGGAAGGGCCACCACAUACCAAAAACUGGAGGCCUCAGAUUUUGGUGCUGGUCAGUGUGGAUGCAGAGCAGAAUGUUGAGCAGCCUCGUCUGCUCUCUCUGACCAAUCAGCUGAAGGCAGGGAAAGGCCUGACCAUAGUGGGCACAGCGCUGGCUGGAACCUUCCUGGACAAUCACCCUCAAGCCCAACAAGCUGAACAGUCUGUGAAGAAGCUAAUGGAGACUGAGAAGGUGAAGGGCUUCUGUCAGGUGGUGGUCUCCUCAAACAUCCGUGAUGGCACCUCUCACCUGGUCCAGGCCAGUGGGCUGGGUGGCCUGCAGCACAACACUGUGCUGGUCAGCUGGCCUCGCAACUGGAAGCAGGCUGAGGACCACCAGCUCUGGAGGAACUUCAUUGAGUUGGUCAGAGAGACCACAGCUGCAAGCAAAGCCCUGCUGGUGGCCAAGAACAUCUCAGCGUUCCCAUCCAACGGCGAGCGCUUCACUGAGGGCCAUAUCGACGUGUGGUGGAUUGUCCACGAUGGCGGUAUGCUCAUGCUGCUGCCAUUCCUCCUGCGCCAGCACAAGGUGUGGAGGAAGUGCAAGAUGCGUAUCUUCACUGUGGCCCAGAUGGAUGAUAACUCUAUUCAGAUGAAGAAGGACCUGACCACCUUCCUCUACCACCUACGUAUAGAUGCCCAGGUGGAGGUGGUGGAGAUGCAAGACAGUGACAUCUCUGCCUACACGUAUGAGAAGACCCUGAUGAUGGAGCAGCGCUCUCAGAUCCUGAAGCAGAUCAACCUCACUAAGACAGAGCGUGAGCGCGAGAUCCAGAGCAUCACUGAUAGCUCCCGUGGAUCGAUCCGCCGGAAGAACCCAGCAGCGGUCACCACCCAGCUGAGUGUGACUGAGGAACCAGCUGCCAGCAGCAAAGAGGAGAAACCAGAGGAAGAGGAGCAGCUCAUCCACGACAAGAGCACCAACCCCCCCACCCCUGCCACCCCCCAGUCCCCGGCUGCCGAGGCAGAGACCCCCAGCACGGUCGUCCAGAUGACCUGGACUGAGACCAAGUGUGACGGCGAACAGGCCAAGCCUCUGGGAAUUACCACGAAUGAGGCUAUCAAAGACCUCUUCAACAUGAAGCCAGAAUGGGAGAAUCUAAACCAGUCUAACGUUAGGCGCAUGCACACUGCUCUGAGACUCAAUGGGGAAAUUGUGAAGAAAUCCCAAGAGGCCAAGUUAGUCCUGCUCAACAUGCCCGGACCACCCAGAAACAGGACUGGUGAUGAGAACUACAUGGAGUUCCUUGAAGUCCUAACUGAGGGUAUCAACCGGGUCCUCCUUGUGCGUGGUGGAGGUCGCGAGGUCAUCACCAUCUACUCUUGAAAAACCAGCCUGUAUCACUUCAUCCCAUUCCCCUGCCCAACUUCAAAAUCCCACGCAAACUUUGCUUUCUCACAUCUAGCCCAAAAGACCCCCAUGCCACCCCCAAGCAAUAUCCCAGAAAUCCCUGCCCUGCCCUACCCUGCCCUUGCCCUGACCCACUCCAUACCUGACACACAGGCCCCGUUCUGAAUCCCUCACCCUCUUCAACCAGCCCUCAGAAAGCCCCUUUUUUUCCAAUCCAGUAGGGUUCUAUCAUUUGCAGGCCAAUGUUCCCAACAGCCUCCUCCCAUUCUAUAUUUGUUGUGAACUGGUGAUCCGUGGUUUCACCUGCUGAGUUCAGUGCCACGUUCAUUAUGAGGGCAGACUAUUGAUGUCAGUAAGUAAUCUGCUGCAUUCCGGAGGUUUUCUCCAUCCCCACUUUCAUAGACUUGUCUAUCACUCUUCUCAUCCAGUCAGGACAUGUCCGAGGGUUGAUGAAAUGGGAUGGGCGGGUUAUGAUUCGUCUGUUUUGUCUUUAGGGAUUUUUUUUCCUUUUUUUUCUUUUAUCAUUUGUUUACAAACAAAACAAAAAAGGGAACUUGCCAGGAUGACAGCUGCCAAACAGGCCAAGGAACUGCCAGACGUCACAUCACUGUGGUGGAGAGAUGGAUUUUGAUGGAAGAACUGACCAAGACAAUGGCCGGACGUUUCCGCCACAGACUGGACAGAUCUUCCAGAAGCCUCGUCUGGCUGAUGGCCAUGGUGAGACGCUCUGUCUCACCGUCCGGUUAACACGCUUGGAGGAAACUGCCGUGAAAACAGUUACAUUCCCCGGACUGUGCUGGGAAACUUGAGAAAAAAAGAAGUUUGUGCUCCGUUUUCUUGGCACAGUUCUGUCAUUUUAUUUGUGUUUGUGUGCAUGUCUCAUCGUCACCCUCCGUGCACGCCUCAUCUUUUCGUGUCUCCCGGUCGGAUGUGGCUAGCUAUCCCCUGCCAACUACGACAUGUGCCAAAAAAAACAAGCGUGGGAAGAUCUGUGACUUGCUGUCUAAUUGCCAAGCAGCAAAAGAUGAAAUCAUUUAUCAGCAUUAUUGACGCCGUAAUUAGAGAAGGGACACGAGAAAAGGAUUCAGUCGUACGCUGGUGUACAUAGUGUACAAUCUCUGAGGUAUUGAAGCAUCAGUGUAGUGUUCUUCUCCUGAAUUCACUAAGCCUCUGGUGAAGAAAUGUCCUUAUCUGACAGGGUCGGCUCCAAAAAAAAAAGGCUUUUGGAAGGCUUUUGGCUUCUCACUGGAAGUGAACCAUACUGUACUGUAGCCCCUUUCACGAGCACUCAACCUGCACUGGCAGCCACUGUGCAACAAGUGAUUUAAUGAGUCUGUGGAUUCAUUAAAUGUGUGUGUGUGUGUGUGUGUGUGUGUGUGUGUGUGUGUGUGUGUGUGUGUGUGUGUGUGUGUGUGUGCACGCGUGUCCAUCCAUGAGAGCGUGAGAGCUACCAUUUUUUUCCCUUUUUACAAAAAGGAAAACAUAUAUGUUUGUUACAUUUACAGAACAGAUCUAUUUAAAGUAUCUUUAACAUACUGUAUUAUCUGUGUUGGGAUGCACCAAAAUAUCCUUGUAAAGAUCACACAGCUAUACGAUGUAGAUGUUGCUUGUGCCAUAUAAGGGAAAAUGCUCUCAGAGUGGAAACCAUUAUCAGCUGAAUGUAAGACUUUACUAUAGGCUACACGACACCUACAUUAGCCCUUCAUGACAGCUAACAUAGAUGUUCAUAAACACGAUUUCCAAUAAGCAAUCGUUUCUCAUAAAGGUUUGCCCCCUUUUUGGAUGUCAAGUUGAUGUAACAUCUAUGUCAGGUGACACUUGACUUUUCUUCUGACGUUAAGUUGCAUUGUCGCUUUCUAGGAUGAAAUGACUGUAGCUCAGGAUCUGGCACAGUGACAUCAAGUCAAUUCAAGGUUUAUUUACAUAGCGCUUUACAACAGGCGUCGCAAAGCAGGCGUACAGAAAAAUCCCGCUCCGAGCCCCCAUGAGCAUCGCCAAUGACGAUGGUAGCAAGGAAAAACUCCCUAAGAGCAAGAAACCUGGAGAGGAACCAAGACCCAAAAGGAGAACCCAUCCUCCUCUGUUCGACACUGGAUAGCAAAUGGUAACAGAAGAGUAAUAUGAGCAGAGAGUAAGGUUUUUACAUUAGCAUAAAAUAUUAAAAGGGAAUUGUACUGUUUUUUAAAAGUAUCUGCUUAACUAAAUGGUUAAGAUGUAAACAAAAUCAGAGUGGCUCUCCAUUCUGGAGAAAUCUACAGUGAGAAUUGUUCACAGUGGUAGUGAUAGGAACCAGAUCUCCACCUCUAAAAGCUGCCACACAAAACGUUAUUGCAUGAAAUGAUUAUAAAUAUGCUGCAAAUAUCAAAUAUCUCAAUUUACAAUCAUUUUGAUGAACAAUUAUGUUUUAAAAUCCAUUCCAAGGCAAAUUAGUCCCCAAAAGGAAACUUGUUCAAAUUUAGUGCUAUCCAAUACAGCACAAAACACACAUGACUUACACUGCGCUUAUCAUAGGUUUGCUAGUGGUUUCGGAUAGUAAAUGGCUUCGUUCACAACCCAGCGACUGAAUUAUGUAGAAAUUUUGAAAAUUGGAGGAAGUAGAGUAAAUAAAGUGAGACUCAUUUUACCAUUUAUACAGAUUUAAGAUGUCAGCAUCGUCACUGUGAUAUACACUAAACUACAUAAUGUAAUGUCAUUUCACCCAAAAUAGGGUCGUCACAAAUUGUCAACUGACAUAAGUUUUGAUAUCAAAGUUGGCAAGAGCAUCUUUUUUGACAGCGAGCUCCUAUUGGAAUAAACCUUUAUAAAGGUUUAUCUAGUUUUAUGUCAGUCGUCAUGACGAGCUUAUGUAACUGUCAUGCAGCCUUAUGAAUACUGGCCUACAGUAAAGUAUUACCAAAGACAAAAUACCGAUUACACAGUUUGAAAAAGAACUUUUCGUUUCAGCUAGCUUGAAAGUAGUUAGAGAUUAUAGACGAGAGAUACCACAGACAGAAAAUCAAGCUCUACACAGUAAGGCUGUAGUGUCGAUUGUAUGCAAACUGUAUACGCGUGCUGGUGUGGUCAGAAUAGCUGAGGGAGAUCUUUUUCAUGCUUUGAAAAGUGCAUUUCUGAAAGGACUGUGCAAUAGCUGAAAUGGAAAAAUCAUGUAGUCAUGCAUUAUUUAUUUUUGUAUGCAUAUAUUUUAUAUGUGUGACUUUAUUUUGCACCAUUCUCACUGCAGAAACUGGUCGUCACCGCUAUAGUAUAUUUUUGUUUUGCGUUCAAAGAAAAGAACUGUUAUGGUCACUUGCACUUGUGGUAGAUUUAUUGUUAUGAAUAUACAGUAUAUAUACAUAUAUAAAUUAUUGGAGAACAAAUCUAGAGUUUAUAGAGACUACAAAUAACAGUAUUUUCUGUUUUAAAGGAUUAUGAAAACCUCUCCUAAGUUGCGAAUGCUGCUAGUGUACGAAUAGAUCGAUUUGUAUUGUGUGUAUGUACAUAGAACAAAAAAAAUAGUAUUUAAAGGUAUAUACAAAACAUUAGUGGGGAUGGGGUAGACUUAUGAAAAUACAUAUCAGUGCUGGUGACUUUUGCAUCUAAGAUGUAUGCAGGUUGGUUUUUUGCCAACUUCAGACUAAAACAACUAUCAGCAUUUCCAUCUGAAAUCUGAAGCUGAGCCGAUCUGAAACGUCCGGACAGCUUUUGUGGUGUUGUUCUCCUGGUGACGUACAAUAUCAAACCAUGCAAUGCACAAGCGUACAAGGACUGGCUGCUUUUUUGUCUGGUGUACGUUCUGAGCCGUCGCAUGUUCGCCAUAUGCUCUCGUUUGCUUUCGGUAAGGCCGCCGAGCCGCAUAUGAGUAGACCUUCGCUCAUGCAUCGCCUGCAUAGACUGAGCCUUUUGAACAUGUUUUUUCCCAAACAGGCAACUCUGAGUUGGUUUGAAAAGAUCAUUUUCAACCAAUGUUUUGAGAUUAUUUGUGUUUUUUAAUUCCUGUUUGCAUGGUCCGUGUAUGAAUAUUUGUUUAAAUGGUUUCUAUUGUGUAUUGUAUGUAGAAGGUAGAGGCAAAGAAAGAAAGAGGCAUCUGCUGGAGGCCGUCUGGCCAAGGCCAGGAGCAUAAUACUUCUGCAUAUGCCAAUCUGUGAAAUGUGUGGGCACGUUCUCUGCGGCUCUACGCAAAUAUGCUUACAUCCAUCUUCACAGAAGAAUAUAUCAACCUUAAUUUAGCCUUUAAUCCGUGGAUUGGGGGUGCUAUUAAUAGAAGCAGCAGUUGAAAGAUCUUCUCUAUGCCUAGUGUUAUGGAGAAAUCGGGAAACUUACGCUGGACUUGCUCACACUAGCUAAUUCUCUAUUCUUCUAGGUGAGGAUAAAGUCACCUAGCACUACUAUAUGGUCACUAAGUGCUCCAGAGUGUAAACUACACAAGUAUGUUGAUGUGUUGAUUGUUAUGGUUAGCCUAUGUAAAGUUUAGGUUGAGUUUUGCUUAGGCAGUAUUAGCUAGCUAGGUAGCUAGUCUCAUAAGCCAAACAUCUGCCUUAUGUCAGAGUCUGGUGCAUUUUGCAGAUCGGGGGGGCUCAGAUGUCACCUUUUCAAACUUUCUCAAACGCGCUUCCGUUCAUGGCCGUCUAUGGAACAAAGACCCAAAAGGUCUUCUCUAGCUUGUGCAACACGCUUCAAAGUUUAAGUUGAAAGGAUCAAAAAAGCACCAUGCAUCAUCACAGCUGACCAAUCAAUAAAGAAGGCCUUCUCUGUAGUCAGUGAUUGAGGAAAAGCUAGUUUUGGCUGUUUUCGACACAUUCAGAGCUGCCUCUUUUACAAAUGUUAUUCAACCUUGUUAGCUCACUCUGCUAAGACGCAUAUCCUGCUUCUUAGCAUAAAACGCAACACACUCAGAGCCGGUUUAUGAGGAGCCUGGCCACUUUCUAUUUCUUCCGUUAUAUCAAAAGCACGACUGCAAAAUGGCAGAGGGCACCUGCGAGCGAAUCCUCACUGAAUUGGGGUAAAUGGAGCUCAAUGGCUGAAAAUGAAAUGUUAAAAUAGUUUCUAAUCAUUCUUCCAGACCUUUUCUUCUUAAGUAGAAAGAUUUAUUUCACUAAAAAAGCAAAGAAGAAAUCACCCGUAUGUUUCUUUUUUUCUACAGCAAACAGGUUUUUGGAAGUACAAAGUAUUACUGCUACUAAGUGCUGAUUGGUUGGCGACCGGAGCAGCUUCAUUGGCUGUUCAUGCUCAUUGACUUCAUGGAAGUAAAUGAGGCACCGUUUUAUACACUGUGAACUUGAGCGUUUAAAAAAUAUAACAGUGGUAUUAAAAUGUUUUAUGCUGUUCUGUGUUCAGGAUAAGAUCGCAUUCUUUUAUCUUAAACAUGUUUAAGCAUCUGUAAACUAUGUACUCAAAUACUCCAUAUUAACCCAUUCAUUUUGGACUUGCUCAGGAGUGCCCUCUAGCGUUUGAGAAACCCGGAAAUGAUUAAAGGUAAUUCUCUCUACAAGUUCUCUAGCACACUCGCCUUUUAAAAAGACAUCUGAAUGCCCCCUCAUGUGGCCAAGAUCUGCCUACAUUGAUAGGAAAGGCCUGAUUGACUGGCAUGCAAAAUAACCAAUAACAGACCACUGUUUUGGCAAGACGUGUAGAGGUUGAGACUAGCUAGGUAACUAACGCUUACACUAGCUUAUAUUAAUCAACAAUUACGCCCUCGGCCUAAUUGGUAUCGAACUGGUCAGCAGUGGUUGAAGGCAGCAUGCCGAAGCGACUUGUGACCCAGCACAUCGUGGGUGGAUGUAGCCUAAUGAAACGUUUGGAUGCAUUCUAUCGUUACCUGUUGUAUUUUGAUAUUCAUAGAUCCACGUGAAUUAGACUAGCAGGAUACUUGGUGUGGUACGAAUGGGUCUUAGGUGUCUUUUUGGCUUUGUAUAUUAAUGCUCUUGGAAACGCUAGCUUUCAGUACACUUGUCCUUCGUUGUAUUGUGAGAAUGCUUUUAGUACACUUCGAGCAGUGGUCUUAGACUGAUUCACCUAUUUUAUUUCUUUUUCCAAGGUUAUGUGCAAUAUUGAUUCCGAUGUUCUCUUUGGGGUUGGGAGGUAAAAGUUCUGUAUGUAUGUUUGAUUGCAUUUAUAUAUGUGUCUGUUUGUUUACCUCUGGGUCUGCUUUAAGCAUGGUCCAGUCUGGGCCGUGACAUUCAUCGGCGCUCUUUGUAUGCUAGAGGAGUGUACAUCACAUCUGUUCUAUGGUGGCUGAGAUAGAAAUGCACUUUAUAGAGUUAACAUUCUCAACGGCGGCGCCAUUCGCCGUUUCCAGAGCAUGCUGGAUUAUUUCAGCUUUCCUCUAGUGGCAAGAGUGUGUACUGCAGCCAUGCGGAGGCAACAGUGUCAUCCGAGGUUUCACCAUGACUUUGCUUUCUCAGAGCAGAUAUGUUCUCUGCAGCUGACAUACUACCUGAUCAUAAUGGUUUUUAUCCUGCUGUACAAUACUGGAGUUCUUAUUUUUCACUUAGCAUGGAUCACUAGCUUUUUUGCUGCCGUUUUCAUUCUCCAAUACGAAGAACAGCGUAUAAAUCAUAUAUGUGAAAAUAAACGUGUUACAUUUCUUGUACGAGACACAAUCAAUAUAGUGACUCCCUCCCUUGCUUCACCUGUCCCACCAUCCCCCUACCCCUUCAAAUCUCACGCAAGCCCUCCCAACUGCCCCCUUCGCCCACCAUCCCAAGCCCUCCCCUCAAGCACUGUAUCAAAAUGUGAUUGCAGUAUAAAUCUGAAUAUUGAUCAAAGACUAUAAACAAGCGCUUCCACUUCUGGGCUUCUUGGCUCUGUUAAAACUGGCAACAGGCAGAUGCAUCUUCCCUCGCCUUCCUUCCGUCGCUCUAUCGGUCAUCAGAGGACUCUGAGAGGAACCUUGCUAAGAUGUAGCAAGAGACGAAGCCAAUAUUCUGUUAGUCGUUUGAGAAAUAAAGAAUGGUGUUUUUUUUAUCAUCUUAAGGAAUAUAAAAAAAGAUAUAAGGGCUCUGGAUAACAAUCUGUCCUUGGUUUUUGAGGUGUAAUUGGGUCCUUUCCAAUGCUGAACACCUCUCCACUUCAGGAACGCUGGCCAAAUCCUCCUUAGUGCUCCAUUCCGUUGGUCUUCAGAGAUAAAGAUGGGCACACAGAGGCUUUGUCUUCUGAAGCGUUCCAACUUUAAGCUAAACACUGUCUGAGACUCUAGGUUUUAAGGUUCCAGAUGUUGCAAGGUCCAGCCAGAACAGUUCUAACGGAGCCAGGGCCCAGGUUUUUUGUCUAACUCAACGCAUGCACAUUAUCCUGAACAAGUUGAUAUAACUCAAUAUAUAUUUAAAUGUUUUGUGGUUCUCAGUAUUACAUUCACUCUCAGUAUUUAUUUUGACUCUUUAAAUUGCCUAUGUGUUAUUUUUAUGAGCCGUGUGGUGUAACUUGUGUACAAAUGCUUUAUUUGGGUAAAUCAGUAGGCUAGCUAGGGUAAAUGAGUGUAUUGGUUACAGGAGUCUAUUUUUAUUAUAUUUAGUUCAGCCAAAAAA